GUUGCAUGUAUACUGUACACACUUCACACGGCUGCUGUGUCUAAAUACAUUCGCCGGCUCAAGAGUCGUGGACCCACAACAAUCCAAAUACAACAAUGGCUGCUCCUUCUGCUUCUUCUUCUCUCAGAUCCUCGCCGCUAUUCACAGCUCCACCAUCUGAACUUAUCAAUCACCGUGGGGUUGCUAGUUUUGGGUGUACAUCUGGUGUUGUAAGCAAUCGUUGUUCGAAUUCGCUUGGUGAAAAAUUGGUGUUGCGCUGCUCAAGGGAAGACAGGAUGGAUGUGAGUGCAUCGGCCGUCGUUGAAGGACUUGCAGAAUGCUUUGAUGAUUCAAUGUUGGAAACCGACAUUAGAGAGCCUAGCGUAUCGACCAUAUUGAUGAAUUUUGAAAACAAAUUCGAUCCUUAUGGUGCAAUGAGCACACCACUAUAUCAAACUGCUACUUUCAAACAACCUUCUGCAACUGAAAAUGGCCCUUAUGAUUACACUAGAAGUGGCAAUCCUACCCGUGAUAUGUUAGAAAGUCUCCUAGCAAAGCUUGAUAAAGCAGAUCGAGCAUUUUGCUUUACUAGUGGAAUGGCUGCUUUAGCUGCUGUCACUCAUCUACUAAAAAAUGGUGAAGAAAUUGUUGCUGGAGAAGACAUAUAUGGUGGUGCUGAUAGAUUACUCUCACAAGUUGUUCCAAGAACAGGAACCACGGUUAAGCGAGUGGACACAACUAACUUAGAUGAGGUUGCUGCUGCAAUUGGCCCCAAAACUAAGCUCGUGUGGUUGGAAAGUCCAACCAAUCCCCGAAUACAAAUUUCUGAUAUCCGUCAAAUAGCGGAAAUUGCUCAUGCUAAUGAUGCUCUGGUGUUGGUGGAUAAUAGCAUCAUGUCUCCUGUAUUGUCUCAACCCUUGGAACUCGGAGCAGAUAUUGUGAUGCACUCGGCUACAAAAUUUAUUGCUGGACAUAGUGAUGUCAUGGCUGGAGUGCUUGCUGUAAAAGGAGAAAGGCUGGCAAAAGAAUUGUAUUUUUUACAAAAUGCAGAGGGAUCUGGACUUGCACCUUUUGAUUGUUGGAUUUGUUUACGUGGCAUCAAGACAAUGGCUUUACGUAUUGAGAAGCAACAAGAUAAUGCACAAAAGAUAGCAGAAUUUCUGUCCUCUAAUCCCCAUGUAAAGAAGGUUAAUUAUGCUGGUCUUCCAAGUCAUCCUGGACACUCAUUACACUACUCUCAGGCAAAGGGGGCAGGAUCUGUUCUGAGUUUUUUGACAGGGUCGUUAGCACUAUCUAAGCAUAUAGUGGAGACUACCAAGUACUUUGGGAUAACUGUUAGUUUUGGGAGUGUAAAAUCGUUGAUUAGCAUGCCAUGUUUCAUGUCGCAUGCGUCAAUACCAGCAGAAGUUCGUGAGGCGAGAGGUUUAACAGAAGAUCUGAUUCGGAUAUCUGUCGGGAUUGAAGAUGUCAAUGAUUUGAUUGCUGAUUUAGAUCAUGCAAUUAGAACCGGGCCCAUUUAGGGUUUUUUUAAUUCAUUAUUGGAUUUGGGUGUGUUUUAUUAUUACACUUAUUUAUUAUUAUGACACCAGUUGACUUAUAAAACGUGAAUCAUGACA